GUUGCGCUGCCUUUUGCUUUGAUCAGAUCGAAAUUGCAGCCUGGGAAUCCAUAUUUUCACGUUUUGUUUUUCUAUCAAGCAAAGCCAUUGCUCGACCGAGACUCGCUUCCUCAGCUGCAUUUUCCUGUUCAUCGAAUACUUUGCUUUGAUCAGAUGAAAAUUGCAGCCUGGGAAUUCAAAGUUUGAAACAAUGGCUCACAAUUUUCCUGAGGAAAUCAUACAUGAUAUUCUGUUUAGAUUACCUCCUAAAUCAUUGAUCAUAUGCACCUCGGUGUGCAAGCCAUGGAACUCCAUGAUCAAAAGUCCCAGCUUUAUUCGCACCCACCUCAGCCGUACAAUUGAUCUUAAUAACCAGUUUGGCACCCACCUCCUCCUUCUGGACUGUGUUCGACCUCUUUAUAGCUACGUCAAUGACAAAUUUCCAAUGCAGAGGUAUUGCAGUUUGCGUUAUGACAACCUUGCUUUUGAUGAGUACUGCAAACUAGAAUUUCCAGUUGCUCCCAAGGAAGAACUGCGCAAUAAAGUUUUAGACAUGGUCGGCGUUUGUAAUGGGCUGGUGCUUCUUGCUGAUAAUAAAGUUUGUUCAGGUAACACCUUCAUUUUAUGCAACCCGUCUAUGAGAAAGUCAGUGACCCUUCCUAAGUUUCAUCUUAACAUCAAGAUGGAUCUUGUUUAUAUUGGUUUUGGUUUUGACGCUGUGACUAAUGACUACAAGGUUGUGAAACUUACCCGUGGUUAUCAACCUGACAAUCCGAAUAUUCUUUAUGAGGUUUAUUCACUGGCUGGUGGUUCAUGGAGUGAUCCUCUUUCUUUGGAUCACAUAUGUACCUUUAACAGUAUUAACAAACUCCAUGCUUUUGUUAAUGGAGCCAUUCAUUGGAUUGCAUGCUGCAAUUUGGCAGAUGGUGCUUAUGAAUGUUUCAUUUUGGCGUUUGACGUGGGCAGCAAUUCAUUUCACAGGAUAAUGGUACCAAAGAAUUUCAGAAGCUCAAAGCCCUACCAGUUGUCUGUUUCAGGUUAUGGGAAAUCUAUUGCUCUCUGCGGGCAUUAUUUCAUUGAUUCUUUUGAGCCUUAUCUUGAGAUAUGGGUGAUGAAAGAGUAGGGCAUGGAAGAGUCAUGGACCAAAUUGACAGCUCUAAUUUCACCAGGUCCAGAAAGAAAUUCUUUGUAUGGGCCGUUAUGUUUUAGAAAGAGUGGUGAUGUAGUGUUGGUACCGUUUGAUGGUUCUGAGGAUGAUGAUAGGUAUGGAUUAGUUUGUCUAGACCUUGGGAGCAAACAAUUUACAUAUCUGGGAAUUGAUGGAUAUAAACCCUACUAUGCUGAAUCUUAUGUUGAGAGCCUCGUCUUACUCGACAACACCGAUGCAGUUUCCUACUGAAGAAAAGAAGAGCACGCUGAAGUGUAAUUGUAUUCAUUCGUCCUCCAUGCAGGUAGAAAACGAGGCAAAUAACCUUCAAGACUCUUACGAUACCUUCCGUGUAGAUGCGCGGUGCUAGCCUUGCUGCUUCUGAUGUUAAAUUGUUCCAAAGUGUAUCAAGAUUUUCAAUAGUUGAUCAAAUAUAGGGUAUAAAUACUUUGUCAUUUCAGACUGUCCAAACAAAGCAGCCAUAUAAAGUGGUGUCAUUCCUUCGCCACCUGGAAUUGUUGGCAAGAACCUAUUGUUUUGUAUCAAAAUAUCGGCAAUUUCUACGGUUCCAGCUGCAGCGGCAAAGCUCAGUGCCGUAUUUCCUUUUUUGUCUUGAAGUGCCAGGUCUUCUUCAUCUAUCAUUUUGACUAGUUCUGUCACAAUCUGAAUAUUAUUUUUUGCUCCUGCUGCAACGUGUAGAACUGUUUCCCAUCCUUUUGUUAUGCUAGCAGUUAAGAGUGCCGGAUUGAUAUUUAAGAUGCCUUUGGUGGUUUCCCAGUUGCCUUUCAUUGCAGCUUUGUAAAGGGGCAUACAAAAGUCUAAGUAUGCCUCUCCUGUGAUGGAUGCAAGGGAUGAAGUUAGACUGAGCAUAUGGUUAAUUUGUGUUCGUAGAAUAUAUAUGCGUACACAAAUACUCUCGUAGAAGAAUUUGGCAUACCAUCUAUUUAAAAUUAGAUUGAUUAUUGUCUAAA